CACGCCGAGGAAGCAACACAUUAUUGUUCCGCACCACCCACUGGACGUUUACAGACCGAGACCACUACAGUACGACUACGCCUGACGCUUUCACAGACCAGGUACCACCGCCAUCAUCGCCCGUUAACUUGGAGAAUUGGAAGUUGGUCGCGUACCCCUUCGUCUGUCUAAACGUGAAUCGACGUUCAAUCUGUCGUUCGUCUCCUACUUGUCCGUCAGCGCGGAUUGUCCUUGCCGUCAUUGUUCACUCACACACGCGUACGAUAAGAUGAGCGCCGACAAGGUGGAAAACGGUCAGGACGAAGCGAGUUCGGGAAAUGGUGGAUGUGAAGGUCCAGAUGCGACGUAUAUCAAGCUGGUAGCUAGUGACGGUCACGAGUUUAUAAUAAAACGCAAGCUUGCCAUGGUAUCAAACACAAUCAAAGCUAUGUUAAGUGGCCCCGGUCAGUUUUCAGAAAAUGAAACAAAUGUAAUCCACUUCAAAGAAAUACCUUCUCAUGUUUUACAAAAGGUAUGUAUGUACUUCGCAUACAAAGAUCCUUAUACAGAUUGCCCAAAUGAAGUUCCUGAGUUCCCUAUUCCAGCAGAAAUUUCUGUAGAACUUCUGAUGGCAGCUAAUUUUUUGGAUUGUUAAUGUUGAGUAAUAAAAACAGAUAUUUACAAAUUAUUAUAAUUACAAAAUUUAUUGUAUCUAUAAAUUAUAUUGUGG